AUGAUUGACGAUACUCCCCUUGGAACGAAAGGAUUCCGUGGCCGACGUGGUCGAAGAAGCAAGUUGACGUCAAACCACUGCAACAUGGUUCGCAAUCAGUUUAUUUUCAGAGAGGCUUCGAUCACGAAAAUGAACCCGCUCCACGUUGAUUUCAUUUGUCCAGGAGGACUUUCAAUCAAUGAUGGACAACGGCUUCCUUGUUCCACGAAUAUGACGUGGCAUGAGAUAUCAGGAAUGCGGAAUUCCCCAAUCGACGGCCUCAUAUUCGACUCUCGCUCGCGUAGCCACAAUCAUGUCGCAGACACACACACAUCUUCGGAGAUGCAAAUGGCCCGUAUAUUGGACGCAGAAUACGACGCAUUAUCGCCAAGUGGACUCGGAUUCGCCAUUUCGUUCUUCUCGGCGAAAUGUCUGCACGUGAUGCAGAGCAUGCAGACGAGAUACUCCACAGAACACCAGUUCUGCGUGACACACCCAAGUCGCACUUCUGGCGAUCCAUAUGAUUUGCCGAGCCUUUUCGACUAUGCAUGCAACUGGGCUCGUGCACAUCCAUGGAAUGAAACUGUUGUGGAAGAACUGCCCCCUAAGAAGACGUUGGUACUGUUGGUGCGAUUUUUAAGAACACAUAUACUCAACUCGUCGCAUUGUCAGUUAGUUAGAGUAUAUGUUGAACCGGAUCAUAUGAAAGAAACAUGGUGUCAGGCAAGUUUUCUGCUGUAUUCCUCCAAAGCGUUCUCCACUGCAGCAUGGGCUCAGGCGUGGCAGCUUAUGCUGAUUAUGGUCUUGAACGGAGUAGUGCUCUCCAUUCUGGGGGCUCCUCGAGACAAAGUUCAAUGGCCAAAAGGGUUGAGGGACAUAUGUGAGGAUAACGAUUGCCCAACGUCCUAA